AUGCCGAACCCCCGUGUUUUCUUUGAUAUGACCGUUGGUGGCGCUCCCGCUGGCCGCAUUACGUUUGAAUUGUUUGCUGACAAGGUGCCCAAGACAGCCGAGAACUUUCGUGCGUUGUGCACGGGCGAAAAGGGCAUUGGCCGCUCUGGCAAGCCCCUGCACUUUAAGGGCAGCUCUUUUCACCGUGUGAUCCCCAACUUUAUGUGCCAAGGUGGCGACUUUACGCGUGGUAAUGGCACGGGUGGUGAAUCCAUUUACGGGGAGAAGUUUGCGGAUGAGAACUUUUUGCUCAAGCACAAGGGCGAAGGCAUUUUGUCCAUGGCCAAUGCUGGCCCCAACACGAACGGCUCGCAGUUCUUCAUCUGCACGGUUGAGACUUCGUGGCUGGAUGGAAAGCACGUGGUCUUUGGACGUGUCGUUGAGGGCAUGGACGUUGUCAAGAACAUUGAGAAGGUUGGCUCGCAAUCGGGCCAGACCAAGGUCGCUGUAGUUGUGGAAAACUGUGGAGAGCUCUAA